AUGGCGACGGCGGAGGACACCGAAAACCGCGGCCCCGAGCUGUUCGCCGUCGGGGUGACGCUCGUCACGGCGGCCGGCAUUGCGAUUGUUCUUCGUUGCUACUCUCGAAUCUGCCUCGUCAAGAAUUUCGGAUUUGAUGACUAUUGCAUGCUUGCUGCUAUGGUCUUCUUCGCCCUCUUUGUUGCAUGCGCACUCACCGGUAUUCAUUAUGGAACGGGACGGCAUUACUGGGUUCUGGACGCAGCAGACCGUGCAGAUGCAAUGAAGUUCUGGUGGUUUUGUUACCUCUGGUACUGCCUCUCGAUGAUCUCUUCCAAAAUCUCCAUCGGCUGGUUCCUCCUCCGGAUAACGGUUCGCAAAAUCGAUAUCUGGAUCAUCUACUUCGUCAUGUUUUGCACUGUUUGCACCGGUGUCGUCUUCUUCUUCGUCACUCUUUUGCAAUGCCAGCCGAUUGCCUUUUUCUGGGAACAGUAUACCGGCUCGACCGACGGACACUGCAUCAACAUGGACGUCAUCAUUGCCCUCACCUACCUCUACAGCGCCUUCAGCGUUAUAUGCGACUUUACGUUUGCGAUUCUGCCCAUCGUCCUCAUCUGGAAUCUCAAGAUGGACCGCAAGACGAAGAUUGCCCUGGUCCCUAUUAUGGCCAUGGCCUGCAUUGCCAGUGCUGCCGUUGUCGUCCGCAUGCCGUAUGUCAAGGAUUUCAAAAACAUUGACUUCUUGUAUGCAACCGUAGAUAUCGCGAUCUGGUCCACCACGGAGCAGGGUCUGGCGAUUACAGCGGGCAGUCUGGCGACCCUCCGCCCGCUAUUCCGUCUGGUCGGGCACCGACUCGGCUUCACCUCGAUGGGUCCUUCCGCCCUUCACGACUCCGACCGGAACGCCCCGUCCGCAAUGGGCGGCAAGUUGAAAGAUAUCAGCAACAACAGCAGUGCCAGUCGACCAAGGCGUGGCCCCUUUAGUCUUACUACGUUCAUGGCCAAGGACGAAGCGGAGGCGCACGAAUUGGCCAGCAAUAGCGACCAGGGUGAGAGCCAGCAGAGCAAGUUCUCAAGCAAGCGGCCUCGCGUCUGGGAGUCGCAGGGCACCCAGCGCGACAACGACAGCGAGACGGAAUUGACGUUUGAAGCCUCCAAAGAAUCACAGGGUAGCGACAGGGGAGAUAAUCGGGACAUCGUCGUCGUUCAAACCUUUUCCAUGAGGGAAGACCGUUUGUAA